AAAUAUUUAACCAGAAAUUUAGAAUUUUAAAAUUAUUGACCCAAUUUUUCUCAAUAAUUUCUCUGUGUGUAUUCGGAGAAAAUAAAUCGCCAUUUGAACGCAAAUGACAAACAUUUAAGGGUUCCUCGCUAUUUAGUUAUAUUUCCCCAUUCGCACAUCGAGCGUCGCUUGCAACAUGGAUUAUUUUAAAGUUUUCGAAAUUGUGUUUCACUCGGAAAUCAAUCCCUUCCUGCUGAUUCCCUUCGUUGCAAUGAUUGCACUUACGUUGUGUUGCUAUUGCUAUCAUUGCUAUCAGUGCAUCCGCGAUCGUCGAAGAGCUCGCAUCGAGGAGCAGAAAGCACAGUUGCCACUGCCACUGAGUCGCAUGUCCAUCACGCCCGGUUGCUCCAUGGUGGCCAGCACGAGGCUAACGCACAGCCGGAAUAGCGUUGACAUCUAUUAAAACUAAGUCUGUUUAAAAAUCAUAC